GAAACCAAAGCAGUGAUUACAGAGCGCCUGUAUCACUCAGUUUGGGCGAUUGGAUUGGAGCUCAUGCGCAGGGACGCUUGCGCUUGUUUUUUAUGUAACACCAACUCAUACAGUUUCUAUUGUUCAUUCUUUUUAUUAAGAAGACCAUGGAAGAAAGACUUAACAAAUAUUUUUUUUCAAGGAAUAACUGAUUUCCUCUUGACAUUUUGUGGCAGUUGUAGGCUACCAACACGUUUUCAUCUUAAAUGUUGUAGGCCUUGUUUACUACCUUAAAAGCACUAACUGAAGCGGGGAUGUGUCGCACUCCUUGCCCAAAUGAGGGUUUAUCAGGAUAUUUUGCGCCUAGCUAGGCGGUGCUGUAGCGCAACCGGCUGCCAGUAGUGGCCAGCAGCAAACAGCGGCUACAGCGGUGGAUGUGGAUAGAUUCGGGGCGAAUCGGGGACCCACUGUCAGAGGGGAAGGAGAGCACAGGACUCUCUCAACGCCGACAGAAUCAUGGCUACUGAAACAAUAUCCCCGGCAUGUACAGGGUCCAGUUUGCUGCAACCCAUUAGUGAAAUCAUCAAUCUCCCUCUGGACCAGGUGAACUUUGUGGUGUGCCAGCUCUUUGCCCUGCUCACAGCCUUCUGGUUCCGCCUCUAUCUCCACCCCAGCAAGACCAGCCCGUUCGUCCGGCAUGUGGUGGCCACGUUACUUGGCUUCUACUUUGCCCUGUUCUGCUUCGGCUGGUAUGCCCUGCAUUUCCUGGUCCAGAGUGGACUAACUUACGGUAUUAUGAUCCUGACUGGAGUGGAACAUAUGCACAAAUACUGCCUUGUGGUGGCUCUGGGGUAUCUGAGUUUCUGCCAGAUCACGCGUGUGUAUGUGUUUGACUAUGGCAUGUACUCAGCUGACUUCACAGGGCCUAUGAUGGUCAUAACACAGAAAAUCACCAGUCUGGCAUUUGAGAUCCACGAUGGCAUGGCUCGGAAAGAAGAACAGCUGACUCCGGGCCAGAAGUUUUUGGCUAUAAGGCGGAUGCCCAGUUUGUUGGAGUACUUCAGCUACAACUGUAACUUCAUGGGCAUCCUGGCAGGCCCCACCUGCUCCUACAAUGACUACAUCGCCUUCAUCGAGGGCACUCCCUGUCGCCAUAGGGACAAGGAGACUAAUGGGAAGGCCAAUGGGACGCACAAACAGAGUGACCCAUCUCCCAACACGGAAGUUGUCCGCAAGCUGGCCACCUGCCUUCUCUCCCUCAUGGUGUUCCUCUCUGUCUGUAAAGUGUUCCCCGUGGAACGAAACAUUGACGACGACUUCAUCGCCAACACACCCUUCUACGCUCAAGUGGUCUAUCUGUACCUGUCCAUGCUGACCACCAGGCCCAAGUACUACUUUGUAUGGACACUGGCGGACGCCAUCAACAAUGCAGCAGGGUUCGGCUUCAACGGCUACAACAGAGAUGGCUCUCCUCGCUGGGACCUCAUCUCCAACCUCAGGAUCACCGACAUAGAGUUUGCCACCAGCUUCAAGGUGUUUCUUGACAAUUGGAAUAUACAGACAGCUCACUGGCUUAAAAGGGUUUGCUAUGAGCGCUGCCCGUACAAUCCCACGGCGGCCACCUUCAUCCUGUCAGCCAUGUGGCACGGGGCCUACCCAGGAUACUACCUCACCUUCCUCACUGGAAUUGUGGUCACACUGGCCGCACGUGCGGUGAGACACAACGUGAGGCCAUACUUCCUGGGGUCGCCAUCACACAAGCUGGUGUAUGAUGUCAUCACGUGGGCAGCUACACAGAUAGCCAUAUGCUACACAGUGGUGCCUUUUGUGCUGCUCUCUGUGGGGACAUCCAUUAAGUUCUACAAGUCCUGGUACUUCAGCAUGCACAUCGGGUGUGUGCUGCUGGCCGUGGCCCUUCCAGUCAAGCCCAGGCACCUCCGUCUGAAAGAGCAGCAGAAGAGCCUGCAUCAGGUCCCCGUCCUCAGUCACAUGGGUCCCACAGACAGCAACCACAUCCAGAAGACCAAGACCACAUGAGCUAGACCGGCCUGCGCACCACAAAGACUGGCGCAGGGCAGGGAGGCCAACACUGUAUUACAUCCACUUAUAAAGAACGAGAGAGAGGGAGAGAGAGAUGGGGCAAAGGAGAAGAACCAAAUGAUGGCAAAGGAACUGUCCUUUGUCAGUGUUUUAGCAGUGGGACUCUCAUUCAGUCUAAUGGCACUGACACUGAGCAGCAUGGACCGUGGAAGUAGGCUGAGUACACGACCCUACUGUGUCAUGGCCUGCCCAGCUAGGAUGUGUCAGAUUGGAAUGCCAGUAUUGUACUGUAUAUGGAAGUAUGCAAAUUGCCUUAUACCCUUUUUUCUCCCAGUUUUUCAGCUUCUGUGUAUCCUCAUGUCACAGGGAAACUGUUCCAAGCUGUUUUCUCACUGCAGCUGAGUGAGCUUCACUUUAGGAUCAGGAGAGAGAAGACGAGAGUAUUAAGCUUGUAUAUGUAUAAGUAUUAUUGUGUUUUUAGUCUUUCUCUUCAACCAGGCACACGUGGUUGGAUGAAUGGAUGAAUGGAUGGAUGGAAAAGCAAAGAACAAGAUGCCAGUGUCCUCAAAUAAGGUUUUCUUUUAGCUCUUAUCAAGUAGGACUGUCAUUUUCCACAGGGACUUAUUACAGACUGUUUUUUUCUCUCUAUGUGUGAUGUAAUAGAAUCACUUCAAUGCCACAUAUGUAUUCUUUGAUUGCCAUUGUGUUGUUAUCAUAUAAUGGGUUUGACACAAUCACAUUCUAAAAAAAUAAUGAUCAAAAAAGAUUUAUGAAAGUUCGAAAGUAAAGUGCCAAUGACAAUUUAACUCAGCACCUGAACUCAUUUUGCAGGCAUUUUCUGUCUGCUUUACAAGACUAACUCCUACUCUUUUUGAAAAGUGUGUGAGCUGUCAUGGGAAGUGUUAUUGUAGGCCUAUUCCCGUACGUAGAGGUCAAUUUGUCAUUUCAUGUUCUUGUUAUUUAUGUAAUUCCAAUGGACUUGUAGUUUGGUGGUCGACAAGUGUGGAAAAGGUUGGUCUAUUAUCUGGUUGAGCAACAAAGAGGCACGAUAUCAUACGAACAGCUUCUUCAUGGUCCGAUGAAAUUUUAAUUUAGGCGCUGAAAGUAUUCACAUUCCAUGUGUCAGCAGUCCUCAAGAAAAGAUAAGGAACGAUCAUCGACCUCUGCCAAUCCUGUUACUUGUUCAUGUGAAUGAUGUGGAUGGUUUGUUUUUGUAUAUUAUGUGAUUAAAAGAUGUGAUUAAAAGAUGGAUCUUUUGCAACUUUA